AAAAACAACAACCCAUUUGGAAAGAGAAGAUCAGAGUCCUCCAUGCUGACAUAGGGCAAAGCCCUGGACGAGGUGAAAUCUACAACAACCGUUUCCAUGGUAUCAUCACCACUAAGGCACCACCACAAUCACCUAAGCGGGAUUUGGAUCUGCUGACCAAGUUUCUCCUCUACUCAGCGGUAUCGCGUUUUACUGAUCUGUGGUGUUCGUCAAGAUGGAAAGAAGGACUGCUUUGCGUCAGUGAUCACAGAAAUGCUGAGUGAAUCAAGAACACAGAAUGGAGAUUGCUGAAGACAGAACAAAACACUUUUGCCUUUAAAUGCAUCACACUUUUUGAGGUGCACCGACUUUUCUGUCACCGCUUAAUUGAUCGAGCCCGGACAUCCGAGGUGCACUGGCUCAACUUUUCUCUCGCUAGCUACCUUCCCCUCCCCUUGCCACAGACCCCUCUGACAGCGUAAAGAUUGCCAUGAGGUUGUUAGCUGUGGCGUAGCAGAAACAGGGAUGGGGAGUACUCCACGUUCUGGUAAGGGGAGGGGGAGGGGGGGUUUCGAGGAGCUGGGUUGUAUGCCGUGGAAAGUCAGCAAGCAGAAAGGAGAGGGUGACGUCAGGUGCGGGUCUCAGGUGGAGGAGAAAUCUGACACGGGGUCGUCUCUCUCCCCGGCUCCGCCUCCUUCCAUCUAUCACGAGAAACAACGCAAAGAACUGUGCGCCCUGCACGCGCUCAACAACGUCUUCCAGGACGGCGCGGCCUUCAGCCGGGAGGCACUUCAGGAGAUUUACCAGAGACUCUCACCCAGCACAUUGGUAACACCCCACAAGAAGAGCAUGCUGGGUAACGGAAACUACGAUGUUAACGUCAUCAUGGCGGCUUUGCAGACCCGUGGCUUUGAGGCUGUCUGGUGGGACAAGAGGAGGGAUGUUGGCAGCAUUGCUCUCCCCAACGUUACAGGCUUCAUCUUAAACGUCCCCUCAAACCUACGCUGGGGACCACUGCGCCUGCCUCUCAAACGCCAACACUGGAUUGGGGUAAGGGAAGUGGGCGGAGUCUACUACAAUCUGGACUCUAAACUCCGCAGUCCCCAUGCUAUUGGAACAGCUGAGGAGCUCAGGAAGUUUUUGCGUCACCAGCUGCGAGGGAAGAACUGUGAACUCCUAUUGGUUGUACCAGAGGAAGUGGAAGUCCACCAGACAUGGAGGUCUGAUGCCUGUUGAAUGUUUCUGAAAGACAUUCGUUUUUUUUGUUUUUUAGGGGGUAUUUGUUGUUUUUUUUGGGGAGGGGGGGGGUUUUUUUUUUUUUUGGAACUCUCCAGUCUGUGCUCAGGAGGGAGGGAAUGUGAGUUUCAAUCAGGAAACCAAUGUGAGAGCAAAGGGGACUUACUCACUCAAAUCUGUCACGAAAGCACACUGGCCAGACUUUCUUUUUGUUUACACACACGGACACACACACACAGACACAGACACAGACACACACACACACACACACACAGACACACACACACACACACACACACACACAAAAGAACACACACUGCUGGACUCUGCCCAAAGAGAUUAAAGCAGUAAAAAAAAAAAAUUAAAAAAAAAAAACAUGCACAGGGAGAUGACAGAAUCACACAACACUACACUGAUUUGUGAUAAUUCUGUUUGGCAUCUGGGAUUCUAAUACUGUUUUUUAAUACACAGAAUACUU